AUGUUCGUCAAUGAACUUGAGAUUAAUAAAAUACUCGCAAAGUCUCAAUUUGCAUCACACUUUCCAAAACUCAUUAUAUCUGGGUAUUUGAAUGGGGUUCCUAGUCAACCAAUGCAUAUAUUUGAAGAUCUAGGAGAAGAAUUACCUAUGUCCAAAUGGGAGUACAAUAAGGUACAUGAAACAAUCAAAUUGAGACUCGAGGAGAUUCAUCUUUUGGGAAUUUGCCAUGAUGACGUCAGAGCUGCUAUUAUUCAUGUUUCAGUUACAGGUAAAGUUUCGUUGAUAGACUUUGGGCUAUCGAUUUACCCUUGCAGUGAAGAAGAUAAAAAAUUUGAUUUUAAAGUUUUAGAUGACAUCUUUAGAGUCUAUUCCCACGGUAACCAAGAAGAGGAACAUGGUAAUCGAGGGGAUGCAAUUAUCUUUGACAAAAUAAGCGAGAAGUCUCAAAGUACAAGCUUUACGAGGGAUGGGGUUACUUCAAAAGGUUAG